AUGGGAAGCUUGCUAAUUCGAGGAUGGGUCCUCGUCGCAUUGGCUAUGCAAAGCUUUGCUUCCGCAAAGACCAUUACUGAGACAACGACUGCUGACCCAGUCGCAGUUGUGACUGUCCAGCCAACUACGACUCCCACUCCCCAGGCGACUCACCACCACCACCACCAAAACCACCACAUUCAUUGGACUUAUAUUUCCAGGGCCUUACCUAGUCGCAAAGCUUGCAGCGUUCGUUCAUCAUCUGUUCCCUCUUCCAGGGCAACACUGGCAUCCUCUGCUAUCGUGGUAUCAUCGUCUUCGGCAGCGAUUAGUACUUCUACUCCUUACUCUAAGCCGGUGCCCACUCACUCUGUGCAUCAUCAUCAUCACCAUAGUCACCAUUGGACUCAUACUUCUCUAUCGCGGCCACACCGCACUGCAUGCUCAUCUUCCAAGCCCAUUGCCAUCUCGUCGUCGUCGGCUCCUACUUCGACACCUCUCCACCAGACGACAGCCAGAACUUCUGUGCCAGGAUCCGUUGCCUCUGGAAACCCUCAACCAUCUGGAGGAGUGCCUGCCCAGUCGGGUAACCCUCUCCCAGAGACUACAGUUACUCCCACAGGCUCUGCUCCUGCAGGCUCUACGGCUCAGUCGACUACUUCCACAAUUGUCUCUACUCGGACCGCUACCAUCGCAGCUUGUCCUUCAGCGACCCCCAACUGCCCGCCAUCUUCCAAGACUACGUUUGUGACCACCGAGACUGUGGUCGUUUCGACGACAGUCUGUCCGGUGGCCGAUGCCACCCAGACUACAUCCCUUCUCACAGGUGGACAACCAUCUGUGAAGCCGGAGGGACCUGAGUUUACUAUCUCUACCAUCUUCAGCACCCGCACUGCCACUAUCACUGCCUGUCCCUCUUCUGUCACCAACUGCCCUGCGCGGUCCAAGACAACAUUCCUGACAACCGAGACCAUUGCGGUGACCACAACGGUCUGCCCGGUCGCUGAUGCCACUCAGACCACAUCUCCUUCCAUUUCAGGAGGCGAAGCUGCUACAAAGUCUGAGGAGCUUGGAUUUACCACUUCCACCGUCUUCAACACCCGCACUGCUACUAUCACUGCCUGCCCAUCUUCCGUUACUGACUGCCCUGCGCGAUCAAAGACAACGUUUGUUACCACUGAAGCUAUUGCUGUUUCCACAACAAUCUGCCCCAUAACCGAGGCUGCCGGUGCUACUCAGACCUCGUCUGUUUCAGGAUCCACAGGUGAAGGUGCUGGUGCACAGGGCAAUGGAAAUGGAGGCUCCGAGUCAACUAUUUCCACUAUCUGGACCACCAGAGUCGCGACUGUCUUGGCUUGUCCAGCAUCUGUGACCAACUGUCCCCUGCGCUCCAAGACAACCUACUUGACCACCGAGACCGUGGCUAUAGGGACUACUGCAAUUGCUGCGUCCGCACAGGCAACAUCUCCCUCCGAGGGCGCCACAGUCACCACUCAGGUUGUCGGUGUGGAUUCUCAAGCCACGGAAUCAGUUUCGGCUCUCCCUAAGACCACCGUCGAGGCUUUAUCUGGAUCUUCCCGUGCAACUGGUGGCCAGUCAAGCUCUGGCUCUGGCUCAGGCUCAGGAGUGGCUGCAGUAUACACCGCUCUCUACACUGUCGAAUCAUGUGGCAGCAGUGAUACUUGCACGCAGUACGUCAAAACUGUUGUGAUGACGCAGCCCAACGUCGCCCAACCCACAAUGACCUCCUCCCUGGCUAAGACGAUGUAUGGCUCCGGCAUUGGCGGCAUUCCUACUGCUUCUGCCUCCUCGGCACACAUGGGACAACAGGGUAGCCAGAGCGGUGGAGUGAGUACAGGUAGCGCUUCAAGCACGAGUAGCGCGGCGUACGCUGUCUACACUGGCGCUGCGUCUGGAACCCUUCAGUGGUCUUUGCUAAAGAUGAUCGGCACGGCCAUGGUUAUGUUGGUAGCUAUCUUAGCUUAG